GUGUGUGUGGAGACUCGGACCUGUGCGCUGAGGUGACCUGCUCGGCUGUGCUUUAUUUUUACUCACUUUAUUUUCCAGAGACAGUCUGUGACCCGCUGGCGGACAGGUCGUGACCCCGGGCGGGCAGCACAGCACUGUGGUUGUGGAGCUGUGAGAGCGGAGGGCUGUGUUCGGAGUCCGGGGCGAUGCUGGAGGUGUCCAUACCCUCCCUGGAGAGGGAAGUGGAUGAAUCGGGCAAGUUACGCAAACUCUUCAGGGUGGAGAUUUUGUUCAAUGGAAGGAAACACUUUGUUCUGCGGCGGCAGAGUGAGUUCCAGACAUUACACCGGAAGCUCAAGAAGAUUGUGCAGCCGCCUGAUUUCCCCAGCAAGAGGAACCAGCACUUGCGCACCAAACCACUGGAGCAGAGACGGCAGGAGCUGGAGGAUUACAUACAGGUAAUCCUGUAUCAGAAUGAAGUGGUUCCCCAGGAGUUGCUGGAUUUCCUUCAGGUGAAACACUUCCAUUCAGCAAACAAGAUCUGCAGUUUCCAUGAAGAAGAAUGGAACGACUCUCAAGAACAGGGGUACAGCUGUCAGCUACUGCAUCAGAGAGUGGUGGGCUUCUCAGUUGACCCCUAUCUCCUCGCAUCAGACUCAGACCUCCCAGAUGUGGUAGUGGCUGGUGUCCUGCAGGGCCUCUACCCCAGAGACACUAAAGUGAGCUUUAAGCCUUGUUCCAAACCCAGCAUAAACCCUGCUCCACGGCAGCCUAGGCAUGCUACCAUCCCCUCCAUCAUCAUAGACAGAGGCAGCCUAAGCUCUUUGCCAGAGACACAGAGGACCUGAGAGAUUUGACACACGACCACUUUUCAUGAUGCUUCUUGCUUUCGGAGCCUUGAGGAAACUGUGGUGUCCUGCUGUCUUAAGAGAUGAAGAGCGUGCCCUCAACAUCGCAAAUGUUUUGAAGGUGAUCUAGUUCUGUUCAUGUCUGUAAGGACACAUGUGAAUGCUCAUACUAUC